AUGAUUUGGUCUGGUGAUCAUUUUUAUCUCAUUGUAAUCAACCAAAAGGCGAAGAAGGUGGAGAUCAUUGACAAUCUCUCCUUACCUGAAGGAAUUACAUAUGAUGAUAAAUAUAAAACAUUUGCAGAAAGAACUUUUGAAGCAUGGACAAUAUUUUGUGAACAAGAAGGACAUCCUUUGCGGAAGGCACAGAUUUCAGCAUAUGAAAUUGUGUUGCUUGAAAUGCCAUGGAAAAACAGAACAAACAAGACUGAUUGUGGGGUAUAUGCAAUGAGGCAUAUGGAGACCUACAAAGGCAACCAGACUUGGAAUUGUGGCUUCAAAAACACAGAUGAAGAUAAGGACUUUAUUUGCAAGCUGAGAAUGCGGUACGGUACUGAAAUCUUAUUAUCCGUUCUGAACAAAAGGCAUGAGCUAACGUAUCUGGCAUUGAAGAGAGCUAAUCAAGUUGAAUAG